AAAAAAAAAAUUCUUUUUAUAAAAUUUUCGGGGGAAAAAAAACUUUUAUUUUCCCUUUUUUUUUUCUCUUCUAAUAAAAUAAAAUAAAAUAAAAAAUGGCUGUUCAAAAGUCAGAUAGUAGAGCACGCAUAGCUGAACUUAUUAGCGAACUUAGUAAGAACCUUACUGAAUUUUCAGAAAUUCUUCUUAACGCUACAGAAACUAUUCAAAACGCAUCCAAUCAAACUAGUGCCACUAAUGGUGGAGAAAAAAAGAAAAAGGUUGAAAAGGAUCCCAACGCACCUAAACGUAAUUUGAGUAGCUAUAUGCUUUACUCUCAAGCUGUUCGUCCCAAUAUGGUAGAGAAACACCCUGACCUUAAAGCAGUAGAAAUUGCUAAAUUAAUUGGUGAACAAUGGAAUGCUCUCAGUGACAAGGAGAAGCAACCUUAUAUUAAACAGGCUGAAAAGGAGAAAGUACGAUUUGUUAAAGAAACCAAGAGUUAUCAAGCUAGUUUAGUUGCUAAUAACAGUGAUGCUUCAUCUUCUGAUGAAACUUCUACUGAAAAGCGUAAAGCUGAACAAACAACAGAAAAGAAAGAUAAAAAGAAAGCAAAGAAAUCCUCCUCUGAUGAAAAGAAAUCAUCUUCUGAUGACAAGAAGAAAAGUUCUCACAAAAAGAAAUAAAUUGUUGUGAUAUAUAUAAGAAAAUAAAAUAAAAUAAAAAAAAA